GCUUCCAGAUCAUUAUAUCUUCACAGGCUAUGGUUUGACUAAGCAGAAUAACUCCAAAACUGUUUGACACGAAAUUUGUAGAGCUAACGAUUGUCCGCUAAGGACAACUCCGUCAAAUUUUGAUUGAAUUUCAAUGAAAGUUAGAUGAGAAAUCUGCAAUCUGUUUUUAUCUCGCUUUCCGGGCUCAAACCGUAUUACAAAAAGUUUGGUGAAAGUCUGAGCAUUAUUGUCAUAUUUCUGUGUGAUUUUGUCCCCACGAGAACAUGACGAUAUAACCAAAGAUUGCGCACCAUUCGUGGCUGCUUUAUACAUCCAUGACUCCAAAAUUCUCUCACAUCUAGAUAUCAACGAAUGUGUCCAGAUUCCCAAAGUGUGUCACGCCCAUGCAAACUGUAGCAAUAUUCCUGGAUCAUUUUCAUGUCAGUGUAGCUCUGGAUUCGAGGGAGAUGGAAUACAGGACUGUACAGGUCAGAAUAUCUUGAAGGAAAGGGAAACGUUUUUGCUUCUUGAGAAGCACAGUCUUCCUUAGCAAUGACCAAAGUUAGCCAUAUAACCAAAGUCUGCGCAAGAUUCGUUCCAGUGCUCGCUUUAUACAUCCAUGACUCCAAAAUUCUCUCACAUCUAGAUAUCAAUGAAUGUGUCCAGACGUCCAAAGUGUGCCACGCCCAAGCAAACUGUAGCAAUAUUCCUGGAUCAUUUUCAUGUCAGUGUAGCUCUGGAUUCGAGGGAGAUGGAAUACAGGACUGUACAGGUCAGAAUAUCUUGAAGGAAAGGGAAACGUUUUUGUUUCUUGAGAAGCACAGUCUUCCUUAGCAAUGACCAAAGUUAGCCAUAUAACCAAAGUCUGCGCAAGAUUCGUUCCAGUGCUCGCUUUAUACAUCCAUGACUCCAAAAUUCUCUCGCAUCUAGAUAUCAAUGAAUGUGUCCAGACGUCCAAAGUGUGCCACGCCCAAGCAAACUGUAGCAAUAUUCCUGGAUCAUUUUCAUGUCAGUGUAGCUCUGGAUUCGAGGGAGAUGGAAUACUGAACUGUACAGGUCAGAAAUAUCUUGGAAGGAAAAUGUGUUUCUAAAUUUGCUGGGAACGUUUUUGCUUCUUGAGAAGCAAAGUACUCCCCUUCCCUUUUACGCGCAAAAUCUGGACAAGGAAUCUCGACACAAAAUCUCGCUGAUAGUUCUCAUGUCAGGAUUUCUGACAUUGUGACGUCAAAAAGUUCUCAGAAUCUCUGAGAGCAGACCUGCACAUCGAACCAACAAACCGUCCUUUUAAAAAACAUGCUCAAUUUGGCCAAGGUUUUUGAGAAGAACGUUUGAGAGCAAUAUCUGAAUAAAGAAAAUAUGAUCUUAGAAUGUCCAAGACCAUAUUUAUCGUAGUAAACAUGGGGGUGGGGAGACAGCAAUGGAUAAAUCAUACAGUUUCUCAAAUGUAUUCAAAUCUGUGUAUAACAGUUCUAACGUCAUAUUUCUGUUAGUUUUCUUUUCCGUAUAAAACAGAUUGCGUAUAAGCAGAGAAAGUCUGAAGGUCAAAGUUGAUUGACGUGCGUCUGAAAAUGGGUCUGAACUCUAAUUGGUCAUGGCUCUCGAUCAACAAAAUCGCUUGAAAUCUAUAGGUUAUUAUACAAGUUCAAUAGAAAAAACUAAAUUACUAGUAAUUUUCAUUUGUAUAUGUCAAAUGUUGGAAGCCUUUUCAUCCUUAAACUUCUUUAAAAUUAGUGCUUCUUCUUCGAUUUUUCAGAGUUGGCUUGCAAGAAUCACGGAAGCGAACAACAUAUAUGAAAACCAAUUUACGAAAGAAUGUAGAACCUUAAAGUUUAUGAAUGGUUGAACUAACCUAACUUUCUUUAUAAGUUUGGACAUAUGCCACGAUGUAAAUGAGUUAAUAUAAAAUUUCUUGUCUUUUACAGUGCCAUAACUUUGUUCAUCUCUUGAUUCAGUAAUAUCACAGAGUAAAGCAAACGUAUAACCUCUAGGAAACUCCAUUCUUUCAUUUUAUAAUGCCUUUCUGGGAUUCACUGUUCUUCUACAAUUUAGGUCAAAACAGUCUGGCAAAGCUCAUAUAAGCAGCCACGUCAUUAGCUUCAAUUCAGUACAGCCAGCGGAUGCAGCCAGUUUCAAUCGGCCAUUUGCGAAACGCAUGUCUACGUCGCCACGCUGUGAAGAUCCAUCACUUGGUUAUUCUUCUUUGGAGGACGAGUCGUGCCAUUGGCAUUGCUGCUUGAAGGAACAAUUUCACGAUUGUAAAAAUUCGUACAUAAUAUAAUAAUAUUAAUAUUUUUCUUUUUUAUGCAAAUUGCACACACGACAAUGGCUGUCAGUGCUAAGAGUGAGACCAGACACAUGACCACGAUAAAAACGGACUUGUGAAGUCCAAAAUAUGAAUUGUCGUCCUUGCCGUCGGAAUCUGAUGUUUCUAACAAAAAGAAAAUGAAACAUUCUGAGAUAAACAUUUCUAAAAAUGGCAGAGCGUCUAUGCAUUUCGCCUCUGGCUCUGAGACAGCGGGCAAAGCCCUCCAGAAGGGAGUUUGAUAUUCUAGUAACUUCAAAUGAUUCAAUAUCUUUUUAAAAAUGUUAAACAUUGUGACAUUGUGUUGUAAAUACCUUAGAUUUUAAAAAUUUCCAAGUGAACAGGGUCUGGGAUAUGCUAUCCACUGCAGGAACAUUUUUAAAAUCUAAGGUAUUUACAACCCAAUGUUUAGCAUUUUUAAAAAGACAUAAUACAUAAUAAAAUACAUGACAUAAGAUUCACGAAGCAGGGUUCAGUUACCAGAACGUCAAACCUCCCUUCUAAAUUACAUUUUUCGUCCAAUGUUUUGCUUAUAUGAUUUUUUUCUGUGUUGGAGUAGUGUACUCAGGUGAAUAUAUGAUGUUUGUGAUGUUACUCUGAGUGCAUAUCCACACCGGGCGAGCUUGAAAAAUAUGCCCGGCCACGGUGGGGAUCGAACCUACGACCUUUGGAAUACUAGCCCAAUGCUCUGGCAACUGAACGACGCGGUCAGGUCGGUUCGAGUAAGUGAUAUUUCGGAACAGAAUCUAGUUCCUUCGAUACCAAUGUAAUCUAGUGAUAUGAUUUUUUUCUGUGUUGGUGUUGUGUACUCAGGUGAAUAUAAUGUUUGUGAUGUUACUCUGAGUGUAUAUCCACAUCGGGCGAGCUUGAAAAAUAUACCCGGCCACGGUGGGAAUCAAACCUAC